CUUUGUUAAACAUAUAAUUUUUCAGCUCGAUUAAUUUUUCUUAUAAAAGCCAAAAAGAAACAGCAAUGAGCGCCGAAGAACUGAAGCAGUAUCUUGCCACCGCUAUCGCGCUGGCCAAGGAGGUUGGACCUGCAUUCAAGGACGGGUUCUGGCGCACAGGCCAGUUCUCAAAGACCAGCGACUUUGCAGCUGAGGACAAGCUCGGCAAUGAAGCCGACUGCGUCACUGCUGUCGAUUGCUACAUCGAAAAGACAAUAUUUUCCCGUUUGCGCAAGAUUUACCCGACUCACAAGCUUGUAGGCGAGGAGUCCACUGCCGAGAGCGGAAACGGAUACGUUGUCACAGAUGAUCCCACGUGGAUUGUUGAUCCAGUCGACGGCACCAACAACUUUGUCCACCACUUCCCCUAUACCGGCAUCAGCAUUGGCCUGGCCAUCAACAAGGAGCCUGUGGUUGGCGUUAUUUAUCUGCCAAUUUUGGAAGAGCUCUACACUGCGGCUCGUGGAUCGGGCGCAUUCCUCAACGGCCAGGCUUUGCCUUUGAUCCGCCCGCCUGUGCUCACUUCGCCAACCUCGCUCUCACAGUGCGCCCUGGUCAGCGAGCAUGGGUCGGACAGGUCGGAGAAAACAAUGACGUCCCGCCUGGCGUCAUUCACGCGUCUGCUCACAGAUAAGCAGCAUGGUGGUGGCUGCCUUCAAAACCUCCGUAUCACUGGCGGAGCCUGUCCUGAUCUGACACUCGUGGCUAAGGGAUCCGCCGAGAUGUACUGGGAAUGUGGCCCGCAUGUCUGGGACUUUGCAGCAGGCGUUGUUAUCGUCACUGAAGCUGGCGGUGCCGUGUUUGACGGCACUGGCUGGUGGGGAUCAAAUGUGCCUGAGAGCGAGAGGACUCCGCAGCCGUUGAACAUUUGGAACCGCAAAAUCACGGCUGUCCGCUUUAUUCCAGACCUCCCGGGCAAGCCAGGCAGCGGGCGUCAGCUGCAGAAGCUGCUGGUCAAAGAGCUGCUGGAGCUGGCAGAGGACAUUCCCUAUCCCCCAGACGGCACUCAUUAGAUUAGUUGUGCAUGUAUUCUUAAAUUUUGCUUGUUUAUAAAUAGACGCGAAGUUUAUUAAUAACAA